AGUGUAGUGGGAGGGGGUGUGAUACGGUGUCAGUUUAAUAGUUACUAGUUUAAUAGUUAUUAUGUAUCUAUUUAACACACUAACUUUUCUUGAGUAACUACUGUAUUUAUUUUCAUCGGAACACUCCGAAUUGUCUAAUUUAAAACGGAAAUUUUUGGAAGUUUCAAUGCACAGAGGGAUUGCCAGCGGAAAAUUCAAUUUCCCGGGCGAUUCCUUGAGGGGUAGUGUGCUACAAAUGGGGAUUCUGCAGGGCCAUUAAGUGCAACAAGCUACAAUAGCGACUGUAUAGCCGAUGGAAAAUCCGGCCUCAAUAUGACUCUUUUGGAGCUUGGUAACUGCGUGCGUUGCUGCAAGAAACCCCGGGAACCGUUUCAGUUGGCCUGUAGCACACCCCUCUUACAGCUCCACAUCGACCGAAGACGUGGACCGAAAAUGCAGUGCAGCACUGAGUGCUCGUAGUUUUCUCCUUGCACUUGCCCAUUGCCGUGGUUUUCGGUUGUGUUUUGGGCUCGAGGGGUGUUUCUGUGGGGUGGAUCCGCGGCGAUGGGCUCUCUCGCUGACGAUAGGAGAUGGACUGUGCGGCUGGCCGUGGGCCUGUUGGCCGGGGCCGUGGGACUUUACGGCCUCCACAAGCUGGUGACACUAAAACGACGGCGGCAGCAGCAGCAGCGAGCUGGCGGCGAACGUCCGUCAGAAAAAAACCCAGUCCACCGAGUGACCGGCCUGAAGAUAACGGGUGAUGCGCAAAGAAUAGCAGAAGGAUUUCUGCAUACAAACUCUCCUGACGUCUUAGAACAACAACAUUUGCAAGCAGUUCUGGGCCUACUUAAGGAGUCCUCUGAUGCUUCCACUCGAGAACAAGCACUGGUGACUUUAGGGAACAGUGCUGCAUUCAGUGCCAAUCAGGAUCUUCUUCGAAACCUAGAUGGGCUCAGCAUCAUUGCAAAUUGCUUGUUUGAUGAAGUCAUCUCUGUCAGAGUUAAGGCACUAAAUGUCUUGAAUAAUCUUUCCAUGAAUAUUGCUAAUCAAAAAGAACUGAAGAUGACACCACGCUGGGUGGAAGGCUUGGCUGUGAGGAGGAUGCAGAGAUGUUCGUGUGAUUUGGACAGGCUGCGAAUUUGGAUCCCACAAAUAUUGGAGAUUCUAAGGACUACCGCUUUAAACUCUGAGCUGCAAGUAGCUAGCCUUCGAGUGCUGACUAAUUUCUCUGUUACCAAUAAUUAUCAUUACAUGAUGACCAAUUACAUUCCUCACUUCCUUAAGCUCCUGGUGGAAGGAACAGAAAAAAUAAAGGUUCAAAUAUUGAAACUCCUGAUAAACUUGUCUGCAAACCCAGACAUAUGUCAUGACCUUCUUAGUGCUCAGGCACCAUUGUCGUUCCUUUUAUUGUUUGACAGCUGUGUAAGCAAAGAAGUUCUUCUUCGACUGUUGAUAUUGGUGGCAAAUCUGAAAGAAAAUUUGAGUCUGUUGCGGAACUCUGUUCAGUAUGACUAUGAAGUGGAUUCUCUCCAUUCUGUACUAUUUGGGAAUGCAACACCAUUUUCUCAUAAACUCACAAAGCUCAUAUUGUACCAAGAUAAUGAAGUGAAACAACAGAUUGCAAGAAUUAUUACCAAAUGAUCUUAGGGACAUAUUAUUUGUAGGGACCUAUAUGUAGUUUAAUGUUUUAAUGAUUAUAUGAGCUACAUGUGGAAGUUUGAAUAUGGAUAUUUGCUGUAAUUUGGCAAACCAAGUUUCUACAUAUAAAUUAUUUUCAGGUAAACCCAGGGGGGAGCUUUUUCCAAUAUGCAGGUAAACUAUUCUUGAACCAGCGCUGGUUUUGUCAUGAUUGUUUUUGUAUUUUUAGAAGUCUAAUAGGUCCAGAAAUAAUGUUGGACUGCAAUCAUUAAUCCCGAAAAGCAGCAAUACAAAGAAAAGUUAAGAAUCCAUUUUGUAUCUUGUGAUUGGAAAAACAUUUAAAUAACUUAAAAUGCACAGUAUCUGAAGUUUCCUGAAGUCUUUUUAUGAAUCACUGUAACUGAUGAGAUAUUAUUAAUGAUGCUGACUUAUUUUUAUCUAAUUAUUUAAGCCACAGUACUGUUAUGCCCUUGAUGUGGGAAGAUAAUGAUGAUUGAAAGAAAUUUAAGUGACAAACAUUCAUGGUUAGCCAUGAUCGAAUGUUGCAGCAGACCUGAUGGGCUGAAUGGCCUAAUUCUGCUCCUAUAUUUUGUGGUCUUAUGCUAUUGCAUAGCUCCCUGAACUGGAUAAAGAGUUUUAGCCAGGAUGGCCAGAGAAGGGUAGAAGUGGCAAACAGACUAGUUACUCAUUACUUUCUUUGUGACGUACUGAAGAUGAUUUCAGGAUAAUGCAUACCAUUGAGAACAAUUAUGCACAAAUUGACAGAAUACAACAUAAAGCCACUUCCGUUACUUAAAUUUUCUGUAUCAAAAUAUAAAAAUCACAAGAAGCAAAUAAGCACAGGGAGGCAUUUGAAUGCAUUCAAUUGAGAAAGGGCAUUUGCUGAAAUAGAUUUCAAAGCAAAAGUGUUAUUUAUCAGUGUUAAGACUGUACUACCAAAUUCAUGUUUUUGUUUUGGAGUUAAGAUUAAAGAAUUUAUAGUGUGUAGGAUAAGGAUUUUUCAGACAUGACUUUGAGCCAGGACCUUUUGGCUCUGUAGCAAAGGUGGAUAUAGAUUGAAGCUUCAAUAUCCAAUCUUUGGAUAAUAAAAUUGCAUCUGCGUGUCACUUUUAUGUUCAUCAAACAUUUGCAAGAGUUAAAAGUUAAGUUUAAGAACUACAAUAAUAUCGUUUGUGUGUUUUUAUUUGCCCAAUUAAAAUUUGUAACAAAAUACAGUAACUUAUGGGCAUUUUUUUUCCCUCACAAAAUAAGGUAAAUGUUGUUCCUAAAAAGAAACAGGCCAUGUAUUAGUAUAACCACUACAUUUUGAAUGUCAUAGAGGUUUCAGGAACAAAGGCAGUUUCAGGUUGGAAAAAAAAAUCCAGCUGUUAAGCAUUCUCAUUUUUGAAGAGAAUAUGUCAAGUCAAGUAAGUUGGCACGUUUCUACACAGUAAAUUAGCCUAUAUAACAAUUUUAUUUUACUUCCUUUAGAUCAAACUAUUCAGGAAAAGUCUCUUUAAAAUAUAUGAACACUUGCAAUAUUUUCUGAAAUCUUUCAAUCAAAGCAGUGAAUAGUGUUUCUCAAACUAUUGAUAUUAAAAUAAAACAUUCUGAAGUACAUUUUUUGGUCAAAAUAUAUGCUAUGUACUGAAUGUGUUGGGUUUGCAUUAAUUUCUGCCAGUUUGUAAGUUGUUCUAAUCAACAAACUGAUUCUGUGUGAUGAGAUCCUAGAUGUCUUCCCUGUUGAAAAUUGCAAUGACUGAAGUAGGAACGCAAAAAUUGCCAAUUCUUGAUCAUAUCUUGUUUGUUGACCUCUCUGAAUGUAUUUCAAAAGACAAAACCACAGCUAAAAUAUUUAAUUGUAAUUUGUAAUAUAGUUAUUGUGAAGACCAAAUCUUUUAGCUGUUUUUCUCCCAUCCGCUCAAGCUUAUUUAAAAACACACAAACCAUUUCAGACAGGAGAAAACCUUCAGUCAAUCCAUCAUAUUCCAUCUUGGUCCUUU